CCGGGCUUUACCACCUGGCAGUCCAGUCCGCCUAUGACCUCACUGGGCACAGGCCUCCCUACCCCCAACUCCGCGCCCCGCACAGUCACAAAGUAGCCGAGUGGCCCGCGUGGCCAUAGCCCGGGCGGGGGUCGCCGAGCGCGCGAGGGUGCCGGGUUCGGCGAACCUGGGUCAGCCGCCCGAGGGAUCGUCGGGUGCUCAAGCGCGGCGCCUCUAGCACGGGCGGGCGCCACCCCCGCCGGCGGGGGCUGUUACUAGAAGAAAUGUGGCUCUGGUGGCCCUUAUUGGGGGUCGCCGACCUGGGAGAAACUACGGGUGCGUCCGCAAAGGGGCUGAGCCCCGCCCGGAGCGGGCAGGGGACGGGCUCGCGCGCCUGAGCGGAACCGGCGCUGGCCCUGUCCGCGCCGCGAGGCUAACGGGCGCCAGAGGCGGCAAGCGGAAGGUUCAUGUGUCGUUCAGCUCCUUUUCCUGGCCGUUCGGCCUCUCCUCGCCCCCUCUUCCUCCCGCUCUGCCCGGGCCCAGGUUUCCCCCUCGCCCUUCCCUCGACGUUACGCGUCCCCCGACGAGGCACGAGGAGCUCGGCAGAUUCGGGCUAAGCCGCGUUGAUAAAGGUCCGAAACCUUUACAGAGUUCGAGUCGUCCCCUCAGCUCCCCCACCCGCGAAGAGACCGUAUCUGGGGCGGUGCGAGCGCCACGGGGAAGGUCGGACGGUCAGAGUUCCAAAGCUGGAGCGACUCGCCGAGGUGGCCUGCGGGGACGGUUCGGACGAGCAUAUGAACCGUCGGCGCCGGGGCAGGUGCAGGGCCGAAGAUACAGCGGGGAAACUCCCUUCCCCGCGACAUCCAUUCAGCCAACACACCUAAAGUGAGCAACUGAGUCCCAGGCCAGGCCCCUGCCCUCCCGAGCUCGCUGUCUACCUAGGGAAACACCUAACACGAUGAGCACGAUUUGAGUGGCUUGGGACAUGAAGAAAAUAACUGCGAAGCAGCGUCGUGAUGGGGAGGGAAGGCGGACCGCGUUACACAGGCCGGCCAGAAGCAGCAAACGUUUGAGCCGGGAUCUGAGUGAUGAGACAAACAGGGCGGCCGCCCGAGGGUGGGACGAGGGCGGUGGCCGGGCACCCACGGAUUCCACUCGGAGCCGCGCGCCGCGAGCCCUGAGGGGUUAAGCUGUCCGCCGGCUGGGAAGUAGUCCCGGCCCAGCGCUCGGCCCCGCCCCUGCAGGGCGGAGGGACGCAUCACGCAGGGGUGGGGAAGCCGGAUCCGUGCGCAGGGUUGCUAAGGGUGAAACUUUUCAUUGACUUUGCUCACUUCGGGCCGGGGCGCGGGAAGGUGCAGGUCGUUGGGGCGGGGGGAGAAGCGAGUGGCUCGGGCGACGCGGGGCCAGAAGGGCAAGACCGUCCGCUGGCCACAGCCGGGACCGUCUUCCGCCCCGCGACACGAGCCACUCUCCGGUCCUCCAUCUCCGUGCCGUCGCCGCCGGCCGGCCCGCGCGCCUUCUGUCCCCCGCCGCUGAGCUCGACCUCCAAAAAGCUGAAAAAAUUAUUAUUGAGAGUCAUAGCCCAUAACCACCUCACUCGUUCCCCCAUCCUCAACGAAGAAAAGGACACAUCGGCUCCCGAGAAGGGAGAGCGACCUCCGCCCCGCGCCCAGGACCACCCUGGAGGAAGAAGCCGCCCCGCGGCCGGCACACCGCCCCGCCGCCGCGGAGACCCGAGUGACGUUGUCUGGAGCCCAAGGCUGCCCACCUUACAUUUCCUACCACUGUCCUUGGCUUGUGCACGUGCCUGUGCUGAUUCUCUGCCUAGGAAAGGACGAUGCAGCUGGAGAUCAAAGUGGCCCUGAACUUCAUCAUCUCCUACCUGUACAACAAGCUGCCCCGGCGCCGGGCAGACCUGUUUGGUGAGGAGCUAGAGCGACUCUUGAAAAAGAAAUAUGAAGGCCACUGGUACCCUGACAAGCCACUGAAGGGCUCUGGCUUCCGCUGUGUCCACAUCGGGGAGAUAGUGGACCCCGUGGUGGAGCUGGCCGCCAAGCGGAGUGGGCUGGCGGUGGAGGAUGUGCGGGCCAAUGUGCCCGAGGAGCUGAGUGUCUGGAUCGACCCUUUUGAGGUGUCCUACCAGAUUGGUGAGAAGGGGGCUGUGAAAGUGCUCUACCUGGAUGACAGCGAGGGCUGUGUUGCCCCAGAGCUGGACAAGGAGAUCAAGAGCAGCUUCAAUCCCGAUGCCCAGGUGUUUGUGCCCAUCGGCAGCCAGGACAGCUCCCUGUCCAACUCCCCGUCACCGUCCUUUGGCCAGUCGCCCAGCCCCACCUUCAUGCCCCGCUCCACUCAGCCCAUCACUUUCACCACCGCCUCCUUCGCAGCCACCAAGUUUGGCUCCACCAAGAUGAAGAAGGGGGGCGGGGCAGCGGGUGGGGGUGGGGGGGCCGGGGGCGGGGCAAGUGGCCAGCAGAUCCCCCCGCAGCAGCCCCGCAUGGCCCGCUCUCCCACCAACAGCCUGCUGAAGCAGAAGAGCCUUUCUCUGUCUCUGCAUUCACUGAACUUCAUCGCCACCAACCCAGCCCCUCAGUCCCAGCUCUCACCCAAUGCCAAGGAAUUCGUGUACAACGGCGGUGGCUCUCCCAGCCUCUUCUGUGAUGGGGCCGAUGGCCAGGGCAGUGGCACCCCGGCCCCCUUCGGGGGCGGUGGGGCUGGCACCUGCAACAGCAGCAGCUUCGACAUGGCCCAGGUAUUUGGAGGGGGCGCCAACAGCCUCUUCUUGGAGAAGACGCCCUUCGUGGAAGGCCUCAGCUACAACCUGAACACCAUGCAGUAUCCCAGCCAGCCGUUUCAGCCCGUCGUGCUGGCCAACUGACCGCCCACCUGCCCGUGGGGCCAGGAGCACCCAAGACCACAGAAAAGAGAAAGGAAAGGAAAGGCCAAAAAAAAGAGGAAAAGAAAAAUACACAAAAAGAUUUCCAAUCUGCUCACUCUAACUUCUAGAAACAAGAUCCAGCCCAGGCAUGGAGUGGGAGGGGGCUCCUGAAGCACCGAACCAUGUUUAGCUCAGCCCCCCUGCUGUUCUCCUGCCUGCCUCUGAUUUAUCUGGUUGGUUUGGGUUUUAUAUUUCUUUUUCUUUUUUUCUUUUUUACAUGUAGUUUUCUAUAUAACAUCUUUAAUUAGUGGCUUCUGUGCUAAGAAUGGUCCAGAUGUGAAUUGCUGCUCCCUGCUCCCUCCCUCCCUCCCUCCCUCCUUCACACGCCUGGUUUAGGGUUGGUGUGUCCCAGCUCACAGGGAAGGAAGAACCGCGGCUGGGGCCUGGCCCUCCUCAGAAUAGGGAGAGACUGCCCUGUGUCACUGCCGUCAUCACCCAGCUGUCCUCUCACUCAAAGCCAUCCAACCUCAGCAGGCCUUCUCGGGCCCUGCCACCCAGAUAGGUCUGACUCCAGCCCCCACUUCCUCAGGCCUGGGCCCUAGGGAGCUGCCAGCUGGCCACUUGCCACCCUCCCCCUAGAGCUGAAGUCUGUGACUCCAGGGAGGUUAGCACUCUGUCUGGUGUCCCUUUCAUCUCUGUCCUGUGGCCCCAUGCCACCAUUCCCACCUGGCCCAGACCAUCACCAAGGCCCUGGAAACCCAGCCAUUGGCACAUGUGGCCUCUCUCAUGUAGCCCCUCCUUUCCUGGGCCUGAGUUCGUGGGUAGGGAGGUGGGGUGAGUGCAGGUGUGCGUGUGCAUGCGUGCGUGCGUGAUUUGCCCUCCUGUUUUAAAGGAUUCCGAGCCAUGUGAAACUUCCCCUCUGGAUGUGAUUCUGGGUUGCAGCAAGUGUUUAUUUAUGUGUGAGGGUGGGGAAUGCACUGGGGGUGGGUUGUCAGUCCUUUUGUGGGUGCUUCACAUGGCGGCGCGAGACUGUGGCUGAGCCUGACGCUCCCAGAGGAAAGCACUGCAGAAGGAACUGGUUUCCAGACUGCGGAGGGAUCUGCACUUUUGUUUGUUUUUGACCAAAAAAAAAAAAAAGGUUAGCAGUGAGGGGCUGAGGGCAUACCCAGCCUCUGAUACCUAAGAGAAGUCCCUGGACUCGGACCCUCCUAUUGUGUGACCUUAGCCCAGGGUGGGAAACGCUCACCUGAGCGCCCUGGCGGGUGGAAGUUUUGGGUCAGUGCCUGUAGUGGGCAGUCCAAAGCCUUGAAUUGAGACUUUGGUCUUUUGGCUGUAGAUGUUGCUUUAAUACCUUUCUUCCCCUGCCUGCUUGAGAAACUUUUGGUACCUCUUGCCAUCCCCUCACUGCCCGACCCAGGCCCGAUGGGCCCAAGCGGGCCCGAUGCUGUGAGGAACGAUCUCGAGCAGGCUGGGUUGGACAGGCGCUUGGCCACGGCAGGGGGCGUGUCUGGAUUCUUGAAGAGCCCUCCCCACCUCUGCUGGAGAGAAGUUACCUUGACCCAACCCUAGUGGGCUAGCUUCCACGCCAUGACGCUUUGGCAAGUGGGCACGUAGCAUCAGGGCCCCCAUCACCAGAAAGUACCAAAGCCUUUGGCACCCCACCCUCUCCUCCCCAGCGACCCCAAGUGGGCAACUGCUGUGGCAGCAGGUCCGGCCCAGACAGACGCUGCCAGCCUCCUCUCCCUGCAGUGGGCACCAGCUCUACCUCCCCGCGCGGGGCGAUGCCCUGGCUCCUCGGCCCGGCACCGUCUGUCCCCCCUUGAAUUCUCAGGGGCCGGCCCAGUCUGGGCCACCCUCUCCCUGCCCUCAGCUCCCGCACAGGUGACAGGCCCAGGCUGCUCUCUGGGAAAGGUUGGAUGCUGCCUUAUGCCCCCUUCCAGCCCCUCUUCCCCCACUCAUGCACACAGGCACCCACCACACCCUGGGCGGCUUGUUCCUCGCCACAUCCAGGGAGGGGGAGACCAACCCCUUAGUGUCUUUUGAAAUAUGAAGAAAAAUGUGUGAUCAGGAGCAUGACUCCUGUGCUGGGCUCUUGCGCCCACUUCAGUCUGUCUGUCUCAAAUCUAGGCAUUUUUGCUUCAAUUUUAUUUUUUUUUUUAAGAAAACAAAACAAAAAUCUGCACUAAUUUACCUGGUUUCGUAGGAAAACUUUUUUUUUUAUUUUUUACAUUUUUUGGUGUCCGUUUGUAUUGAAUAAUUUGCUACAUUUGUAAAAUGUAAGAGGUAUAUAUAAUAUAUGUAUAUUUCUAACGUAAAAGUAAUUUUUUUCUUUUCAAGAUUUUUUCUUAAGAGGAGAGAAAGAUAUUUUUUCAGGAAAAACAAACUUUAAAAUAAAAAAAGAGGAGAAUAAAACCUAUUUCUCCCCUUUCCCCAUCCUCUCUCUCUCUACCCCUCUUCCCCAGGAACAAGUCAAAAGGUGGAUCGUCUUGUAAAGAAAGUAAACUUUUAGUCCAGAAUGAUGUCUUUUUCUCAAUGCAGUGAGCUGUAGAUUCUCUAGUUUGACCCCUGGGGAUGGGAAGGGGGGCACUGAGGCAACAUGGAGAGGAGCUCGGGGGAGCAGGGUAAUGAAUUUGUUUUCUUUAGUGAAGGAGGAAUACAAUCAAGCGUUUUGUAUUCAGAAUGUUGUGCAAUAUUUUGGAAUGGAACAUUGGUGUGUUUAGAGAUUUAGUUUAAAAACAAAACAAAAAGAUUGAUCAAAUCUGUACAGUUUAUAUUGUUCCAGAUUUUUUUAAGUUUGUAUUAAAAGCAUGAUAUAUAAUAACCUUC